AUACUCUUCCUCUCUUCGAUUACUUCAUUUUCGCACGACAAAUACUGCAGCGUAAACAUCGACAAAUACUUGUACGCCGCAAACAAACUACUACCCUCUAUCAUCAUUGCAUCAAGAGGUGUCUUCUUGGCAGGCCAAUUUCAGGACACUGCGAAAGUUCUCGCAACGAGUGCAUCUGCUUACCUACACCAACCGCCGAAAUGGUUCUCUCUCUCACGGCCCUCGUCGUGGUCUUAGCUGCCUGCCCAGUCGUUAACGGACACACCUGGGUGGAACAACUUCGCAACAUCAAUGAUCAAGGCAAAUAUGUUGGUGAAUAUGGCUAUCCACGCGGUUUUGUGUCGAAGACGGAUCCAGGCUUCACUGGCGACUCCAACAAUUUCCUCAACCCCCCACUUCAGCAACAGCCGCCAUUUAUCAAUGCGACCAACUUGCUCUGUCACCCGUCGCAGCGGGCGCAGAAGCAGAACGACAAGUACCCGCGUCUUCAAGCGGUUCCCGGUGGAUUCAUGGCGCUGAGGUAUAUGGAGAAUGGACACGUCACAGCCCCAAGCCCGCAGGUCGGUAAGCCAGAGAAAGGAGGUACGAUAUUCGUCUAUGGUACCACCCAACCAAGCGAGAACGAGAAGAUCGCCACUGUUCUCCAAUGGACCAAGGACGGCUCUGGUGGCGAUAAGCGUGGUGUCCUUCUCGGCGCAAACGAUUUCGACGACGGCCGCUGCUACGAAACCAACGACACACCCAUCUCAAAGCAGCGCAAGACCUCUGAUCCCAACUUCGCCCUAGGCCAAGUCUCAGACGGACCAGGCAACUACCCUCUAUUCUGUGAGACAAACGUAGCGCUUCCAAAGGAUACUGCGACUGGUAAGACCUAUACGCUGUAUUGGGUCUGGCAGUGGCCGACUAGCCCCGGAAAGGUGGAUGUGCUGCCUAAUGGCAAAGACGAAUACUACACGACUUGCAUGGACGUUGAUGUUGUCGACACUAUCAAGCAGGACGCUGCCAAUGCCAAGUUCGCCCUUGGGCCGCAGCAGGACGCUAUGUCAGUUGCCGUCAAAGACUUCGCCUCACGAACUGCCAUCAUGACCGACCCCAUCAAAGGCGAGCUUGGUGAUGUCUUCAACUCCAAGCCGACGGUCUCCGGCGGAAACCCCGCAGCCUCGCAGCCUGCUCUCCAGACCAGCAUCGCCGUCCCGUCCAAUGGGACCUCCAUCAACAUCCCAACUCUGACACAACGACCUGGCGCGCAGCCAACCCAGCAACCUGACGGCAUUGUCACCGUAACGGUCACCCAGCGCAUCACCGUCACGGCACCCACCGCUGUCGAGACUAAGGUAGCUCGCGCUGCUCAUGUCCGUCGACAUACAGGUGGCGUCAAGUUUCGGGGUAGGUUCAUGCGCGAGUCGAUUUGAUAUCCCUAGUGUUCCCUGUAUCAGCAUUUACAUUUAUCACGUCACAUUCAGCAUUUCAUUUCAGCACAUCAUUACCCCAGCAUUUAGACUU